UCCAUCAUUCAAGGAGCAUUUACAAGAUCACAGUGCUUUAUAAAAAUUAGUCUUACGUACAUUCAAAAAGCCAACAAAUUGUAAAAACAGAAACAAUUGGGUAGUUCCCGGAAUCUAUUUGAUACUGCAAUGGAACACAUAAGCGUAGCAAGGCACGCGUUGGUUAAACGUUUGGAGAAUAAUAAGGACACAAUAUUGAUUGAAAGUGAUCGGGCAGCGGUAAUGAAGGAUCGUUACCCCAAGGCCCAAUAUCAUUUUCUUAUUGUAUGCAAAGAAGAUAUUGCAAAUGUGUCUUUAUUAAAACAGGAGCACAUUCCGCUUUUGGAUCAUAUGAUGGACCUUGCCAAUCAAAUCAUUGAGCAGCAAAAUCACUUGUCAUCUAGUAAUUUUCUUGUGGGCUUCAAAAUGGAUGCAUUUAUGGAUCGGCUAAGCAUGCAUGUGAUAUCAAAUGAUUUCUAUUCUGUUUCAUUUAAAAAAGUAUCGCAUUGGAAUAGCUUCCACUCAGAUUUGUUUCUUACCUAUCAGGCUGCUUAUGCACUUCUACGCUCACAAGGCUGCAUUGAGCCACUUUCUAAGGAAAAAGCAUUAGAAUUGCGAUCUGUCACAACACUGCAGUGUAAUCAAUGUGAAUUUAAGACCAGCACAUUAUUCGAAUUAAAAGGUCAUCUGUAUAAACAUUGGAAUGAUCGUGAACACGACAUUGAAGUCAAGAAGCAACUGGAGAAGAUCACUCAAAUGCUUGAUGAAUCAAAAUUGGAUGAGCAAGAAAGCAACGUCGAAAGUCCUAAAUCACCAGAGGAUUCGAAACCGCACUCAACACAGUGGCGUUCAAAUCCAUCUGAUCAAAAUCAAACUAACGUCAUCAGCAGAGAGACAAAACCCACGUCAGCCAAUUGGCGCCAGCGUCCAAAUCAUGUGCCAAACGAUUGCGAACAACAGCAGUCAACGCUGCCGUAUGAAAACCACUUUGAGAGGCAUUUCCAGAACUAUGCAAUCAGACAACAUCAGCCAUAUUUGCAUCCUCUGCUUGGGCAGAGCCUAAUGGGACCAUCUCCACCUUUUGCUCAGGGCAAUUAUUAUCAAAGCUUAAACCAAUUUCAACAACCGCAACCCCGCAUGUUGAAUGCUAAUAACACUAUUAACCAACAGAAUUAUAUGCGAUUUCUUGCACCGCAGUCAACUGAGUCGCCUCCCCGGUUCAAUCCAUUUAAGCAGACACCAAACAUGGCCAACUUCAAUCGAUAUCAAUGCCCAGUCAAUCCUACCAAUCGUCAGAAUGUAACCAUCCACGAUAAACCCAGGUGGAUUCCAAAGCCUCAGUAUAAACAAAAUCAACCUGGUGUCGAUUCACCUGGAAAUAGUUCAAAUAAAUUGCCAUCUGAAGCGAAUGAAGCCAAGCAAACUAAGCCUCAACAGAAGCAGAACCCAAAUGCUAAAGCUGAUAUUUGCAAUAACUCCACAGUACUGAAGGAACAACCAAACAAAGCUAACCAAAACAAACCCAAGUGGAAACCUAAAGCUCAACAUAGUCAAGGGCCAAACAAUAACUUAAACAAAUCUGCAGGCAACAAAGCAGCGAAUCCAACAAAGUUACAGCAUAAAUAAUGUUACAUUAUAUACAUACAUAAGAAAAUAUGUAUUCAGUAAAUAUAUUUAUGUACAUACAUAUGUACAUAGGGAGGCAUGUAUUUAAUAAUAAGUGUGCCUUGAAAAUAAAUAUAAAAAGAAUGCCUGUAUCUUCUUUCAGCUUUUGUACAACUGGACAGAGUAGAAAUAUGAUAUCAUUUGAAGAGCAAAGUGCUGCAUCAGCUAAUUAAAACAUUGUUCUUUAUGCUCUGGCGACAUUUUAUGGCAUGUACUUGAGACGCAGAAAAAAGUAUCGAUAGUUC